CACGUACACCGCCAGGAUUCUCUGUUCACAGCCUCUCUAUCUACCAGGAAGACGAGCCAAUCACGAUGCCAAGACCACGUCGCGCACCAAAGAAGGCGCCGCCAAUGCCUACAGCAGCGACUGCGAGCACCGACCUUCCCAGCCCGAUCAAACCCGCCAACAAGGGCGUAACGGAACUACGCGAGAAAGGCGAAGGAGCACGCCCAUUAGUCAGUUCUACGCCAGUAAAGGAGGCAGGCGGAAAGUUCGGCGAGGGAUUGGAGUUGGCGGUUAGUCCGAUUCGCGCUGGGGGACGGAAUGUGUUGGAGGAUGAAGGAGGGGAUGAGGGUUUGUUACCGUCGCCUACGACUGAGGAGCGGGUGUUGGAGCGCGAGACAGAAGAAGCUGAAGAGAGCGAGGAGGUUGAUGUGCGAGGGGGAGCUGGGGUUGAGCCAAGUUCGGAUGAUCCGUUUGGGUUUAAGUCUACGUCAAGGAAGUUCGGGGCACAGUUACGUUCGACGAUACCGAAGACGCGGCCACGGGCGAUACCUGAGGCUGAAGAGGAAGAAGAGGAGGACGAGGAGGAUGUGCAGGGGGUGCCGGAGACGCAGGUGCAAACGGAAGGAGGCGACGAGGAUGACAGUGAGCUGAGCGACGCACAAUCCAUUGCCACGGACGACAAUUCGUUGGAGCUACCUUCGUCACCACCGAAACCGGCACCGAAACAGAGGAAAGCUGAGGCGAAGGGGAAGGCGUUGCGGACGGUUGAUUUGGAGAGUUUACUACCCCGCCGCAGAACACGAUCAGGAAAGAAGAAGGGCACGUACGAUAUGUCAGACGAAGACGACGAAGACGAAGACGAAGAAAAAUGUUCAGAGGACGAACUCGCCCGCUCACGGCGACGAAAAGCAAAGCGGGUUGCAUCACCGAAGAAACGAACGCACCCUCAAAAACGAGCACGGACUCGAACGCGAACGGUCUCGAAUCGGGAAGAGGAGGAUAGUGAGCCAGAGUUGGAAGCGCCCGUGGUUGAUAACAAGGUACGGGAGGAGAGUCGGAGGGUGAGGAAGCAGUUUGCUGAGGUUGAUAAGUGGGAGUUGGAGGUUGAGACUGUGAGUGUGGAUUUGAGUUCGCAGCCAUAGUCUCUCGUAUCUUUCGCUGUGGUCCUUGUAAACGGCGUUGUGGGUGGUAAAUGGUAUGGAUAUGGGUAUGGGUAUGGGUAUUAU